AUGGCCAUCACCACGCUGAACUUCAUCACCGGCAACAAAAACAAGCUCGCCGAGGUGCAGGCUAUCCUCGGUAAGGUCAUCGAGGUGAACAACCAGGAGGUCGAUGUCCCCGAGAUCCAAGGCACAAUCGAAGAAAUCGCCAAAGAGAAGGCCAGACGCGCCGCCGAAGUGAUCAAUGGACCUGCCUUGACCGAAGACACUGCCCUGGAGUUCCAUGCGCUCAAGGGUCUUCCUGGGCCAUACAUCAAAUCUUUCAUGGAGAAUCUGGGCCACGAGGGCUUGAACAAGAUGCUCGAUGGCUUCGAGGACAGAACUGCCGAAGCUGUGUGUACCUUUGCCUUUUGCCAGGGCCCUGGCGCAGAGCCGAUUAUUUUCCAGGGAAGGACUGAGGGUACUAUUGUGCGGCCCAGAGGUCCAGCAAAAUUCGGCUGGGAUGCUAUCUUCGAAUAUAAUGGCAAGACAUAUGCCGAGAUGGACAAAGACGAAAAGAACAAGGUCUCGCACCGGUACAAGGCGCUGGUGAAGUUGCAGCACUGGCUAGCCGACCAACAGUAA